AUGCGGAAAUCACUCUCUACUCAGGAAUCAAAUCCGUUAACGACCAUUUACGAUCACGAGAAAUACGCGCAAAUAAGUAUCCAGCCGCUCCGUUGGAUACUGAAGUCAAUUGGCAUUUGGCCUAAUUCACUCAAAUCCCCUUCUCCGAUAAAGAAAUAUGUGCGCGUGCUAAUGAACGUAAUUUGUUUCGGUAUGGUGGCUUUUCUCUUCAUCCCGUGCGUCUUCUACGUCGUGCUCGAAGUCGAAGAUAUAUAUAAUACUUUAAGGUUCACCGGACCGUUGUCCUUUGGCCUGAUGAUUACUAUGAAAUACAGUUCGCUGAUCCUUCAUGGGAGAGAUAUCCGUGUCUGCAUCGAGCAUAUCAAGACCGAUUGGAGAAAUAUAUGGUAUCAUGGCGAUCGCAUGAUUAUGAUUAGAAACGCAAAAUUCGGCCGUCGUCUCGUAAUGAUCAACGCGUUCAUCGCGUAUGGCGGUAUCACGUUUUAUCACAUCGCCAUGCCGUUGAGCAUAGGCAAGAUUACAGAGAGAAAUAGUAAUCUGACGUACCAACCACUGGUGUAUCCGGUCGGCAGGAUUAUCGUCGACACGCGUUACAGUCCAAUUAAUGAGAUUUUCUUUUGGACUCAGUUCGCGUCGGGUGUCAUUUCGCAAACCGUCGCGACCGCUGCCUGUAGUUUGACUGCCGUUUUGGCAGUACACGCUUAUGGCCGUCUAGAGAUUCUCAUGGAGUGGAUUGUGCAUUUAGUGGAUGGGCGAAAGGAUUUUUCUAAUAACGUGAACGAGAGGCUAGCCAUAAUUGUGCAAGAACAUGUGCGAAUUUUGUGUUUUAUAAAGUUAACAGAAAAAAUAUUGCAGCAGGUGUCUCUUGUGGAAGUUGUAGGAUGUACGUUAAACAUAUGUUUCAUUGGAUAUUACAUAAUUAUGGAAUGGGAUAGCGACUUUACAAUUUACAUAACAUAUAUUGCUCUGCUUAUGAAUUUCGUCUUCAAUCUUUUCAUAUUUUGUUACAUAGGUGAACUUGUUGCCGAGCAGUGCAAGAGGGUUAGUGAGAUAUCAUACAUGAUCGAUUGGCAUCGUCUACCAGGAAGGAAAGGUCUGGCUAUUAUACUAAUGAUUGCAAUGUCCAAUUCAUCAGUUAAACUUACUGCUGGAAAUAUCAUUGAAUUAUCUAUGAGCAGUUUUGGUGAUGUGAUUCAGACAUCGGGUGUCUAUUUAAAUAUGUUACGUACGUUAACUACUUAA